CGCUCGCCAUGGCCGGUGCCCGGACGCUGGGGGAGAGCGGCGGGGGCGGCGCGGGGGCAGCCGCUGCCAUGGACUACUCGGUGCACGAGGCUUGGAACGAAGCUACCAACGUUUACCUGUUGGCGGUGCUGGCCAGCCUGGCCCUCCUGGUCUACGCGCGCAGAAAUAAAAGGAAGAUCAUGAGGAUUUUUACACUACCCCCAACAGUAGAAAUACCAGCUGAGCCAAACUUUUAUGACAGUGUGAAAAAAGUUCGUCUACGACAGCAGUUAGAAAUGUAUUCUAUUGCAAGGAAAUAUGACCAUCAACAGCAACCACAAAAACAGACUGAUAGUGUACAGCUUUUGGUGGAGUGAAGCCUUGAAUCUCUGAAGUCAAGAGGAUGCUGAGGAUGACAGAGCAUUUGGGAUGUAGUCACUUCAAUGUAACUUUCAUUGUUAUAGUCGUUUAAAUUUGUAGUGAUUGCAUACAGUAUCAAUUGAUAGCCCCUGCACAAAUGUACAAUGAAUGUUCUCUGAAACCUGAAAAAUGAAUGUGGCUAAUACAUAUUGUUCCUGUUUUCUGGUUUUGUAUUGCAAAUUAUUUCCAGUAAAACCAGAAGCUUAUAGGAGCAUUGAGGUAUUAAGUUUGGGUAUUGACAUAUGACAUGGUAUCUGGUGUGUCACAACGCUGUCAAUAAAUUGGUGCUGGCAAUGAACCAAACGUCUUCUACUGAGAGGCUUAGAGUAAAUACCAAAUAUCCUGGUUGGGUAAAAGAAUAUAGAAGAAGGGAUGAAUAUCUUGGGAGAUGCACAGCUUCCAGUUUUGACUUAAGUAAAUAUUGGUAUGUAGAACAAAAAGUAGUGCUGUGCCUAACAUGCUGGUUUCUUUCAGCCCAUCCCACCUGCCAAAUAAGCCAAAAUGCUCGCAAUGAUUUUCAGGUAUAGACUCCACAGGGCAUGAAUAUUUUUGCAUUUACCCAAUCAGUUUUUCCCCUUGUGUUCUAUGCUAUGAAUUUUAUUGUUUAUUUUUAAAGGUCAGGAUACUUCCAUUUAAGACUACUUUGGACUAUUGAACUUGGUGGAACUAAGCUGUUAAAUAUGAAUACUCACGCCUAAGUAGUUGGUAGUUGAUAGGUCAUAGACCUAAGUUAAAAUAAAUUGAAAAUGUUUUUGAAAAAUCUCCACUUGAUAAAGUUUGUAAUUUUUUAUGCAGGUGGUAGAAGCAGCUUUUCUUUCUCCAUUCUAAAUGGCACCAUAAAGGGAUGUUAGAAUACAGGGCAAUAGCUUUAGUGUUUACAGCUAGAACUGCUUAGAAAACAGAUCCACCAGUAAUGGUCAGUUAUAGUUUAUUAGUUUACAGAUAUGUUGGACAAAACUGAUGGUGGAAUUAUAAAGUGAAUUGUCACAAAGAAGUUAUAUGCAGGUGCUCAUAAAUAUCUGAAGAAAUAUGAAAAACCUGUUUGACUUGGGCAUGCUUGAAAACUGAAUAUUUGAUUGACUAAAUUAUAAGUUGCGUUUCUAGGUGGGUAGAAUGUUUCCAACUGUAGGCCAAAAUAAAGAGGCAAAUUUAUAAGUUUCUGCCUAGUGUUAAAUAGCCAGUUCUGACAUAUUGUUUUCCCAUGUAUGCUCUCCUUUUCCUAAAUUGCUGUCCUGUGCUUAAACUCUUGUGGGGAAGAUAUGUGUUCAAUAUCUGAGCACAGCAAGGGAUUUUUCAAGUCUCUGAGGAAAACCAGUCAGACAGCAGCAGCAUGCUCACAUCAUGAUGGAACAGGAUUUGAUGUUGUUGUUUUGGUAGAUGCAAGACUUGUCACCACAUCUGCAUAUAUGGUACAACGUUAUGUCAGCAUUUAGCUCACAUAUCUUGGCUGCAACAAUUUCUAUGACAAUGUACUAACAACAGAUUUAAGUGAUACAGAUGAAUUUCUCAUGCUGUAUAUGUCUGAAAACAAAAGUACAUCCAUCUGUUCUUUGACUUUGCUUUGUGAAUUUAGGGUUGUAUAGUAUUGUAAAGUAAUGAGUUCUCAAUUUCUUUGGGCUUUCCAAUAUUGUUAUGAAUAUCUUUGUUCUUGGUAACUGUAAAUGUGCCUCUUGUAAAAUGCUUCCAGAGCUCCUAUGUAUAAAAUGUUUGCUUUAUUUUUAAUAAUAGUAAAAUACAUUUAAAGUUG